GUUGCCGGGGUAACGGCGUGCGCGUGGGGCCAAGAAAGGUAAGGGUCCUGGGCGAAGAACGCGCGACCCCCUCCGAGUUUGGUGUUUUGCCGCGAGAGGAAAUCUCGCUCUUCCGAAAGCCCUCCAGGGCGAGAGCGGAAAGGGCCCAGGUACUGUGCUGGGGUCGCACAGCCGGCCGAGACAGUGCCGGGACGGGGAGCCAGGCUUCCCAGCGCGCCCGCUCACUGUCUCCUCCGCGUCUUCCUCGUGCGCCUGCAGCCCUUGGUUCUGGGAAACGCCGACGCCUUGCUCAGGGCUGGUGGGGCUGGGGCGCAGGGUGCAGCUGACGGUGCCCGAGAGGAGCCUCAGCCUCUGGUGGAAUUCGGUCGGGUGUGGGGGUAGUCGGGGAAAGAAGCAAAGGGAAUACCUCCUCUGAAAAAUGGCAGAAGCAGUUUUCCAUGCCCCGAAGAGGAAAAGAAGAGUGUAUGAGACUUACGAGUCUCCAUUGCCAAUCCCUUUUGGUCAGGACCAUGGUCCUCAGAAAGAAUUCAAGAUAUUCCGUGCCGAAAUGAUUAACAACAAUGUGAUUGUGAGGAAUGCAGAGGACAUUGAGCAGCUCUAUGGGAAAGGUUAUUUUGGAAAAGGUAUUCUUUCAAGAAGCCGUCCAAACUUCACAAUUUCAGAUCCCAAACUGGUUGCUAAAUGGAAAGAUGUGAAGACAAACAUGCCUAUCAUCACAUCAAAGAGGUAUCAGCAUAGUGUUGAGUGGGCAGCAGAGCUGAUGCGUAGACAGGGGCAGGAUGAGAGUACAGUGUGCAGAAUCCUCAAGGAUUACACGAAACCGCUUGAGCAUCCUCCUGUGAAAAGGAACGAAGAGGCUCAAGUGUAUGACGAGCUUAACUCUGGAAUGGUUUCUAACAUGGAAGACACAACAGGGGGAGAGAGACCUUCUGUGGUAAACGGGGACUCUGGAAAGUCAGGUGGUAUGGGUGAUCCCAAUGAGCCAUUAGGCUGCCUGCAAGAGGGCUCUGGGUGCAACCCAACAACAGACAGCUUUGAGAAAAGUGUGAGAAAGGACGCUGCACCUCUGCCCCAAGUCUGUUGCUGCAAACAAGAUGCUCUUAUCCUCCAGUGUGGCCCUCACCAUGAGGACGGCAGCCAGCACGUCGGCCUCCUGCAUGCUGGGGACAGAGGGCCUGACCAUGAGUACGUGCUCGUCGAGGAAGCGGAGUGUGCCAUGAGCGAGAGGGAGGAUGCCCCAAAUGAGGAAUUGGUGCAAAGAAACAGAUUAAUAUGCAGAAGAAAUCCAUAUAGGAUCUUUGAGUAUUUGCAACUCAGCCUAGAAGAGGCCUUCUUCUUGGUCUAUGCUCUGGGAUGUUUAAGUAUUUACUAUGAGAAGGAGCCUUUAACGAUCGUGAAACUCUGGAAAGCUUUCACUGUAGUUCAGCCCACGUUCAGAACCACCUACAUGGCCUACCAUUACUUUCGAAGCAAGGGCUGGGUGCCCAAAGUGGGACUCAAGUACGGGACAGAUUUAUUACUGUAUCGGAAAGGCCCUCCAUUUUACCAUGCAAGUUAUUCUGUCAUUAUCGAGCUAGUUGAUGACCAUUUUGAAGGCUGUCUCCGCAGGCCUUUCAGUUGGAAGUCCCUGGCUGCCUUGAGCAGAGUUUCCGUUAAUGUCUCUAAGGAACUUAUGCUGUGCUAUUUGAUUAAACCCUCAACUAUGACUGAUAAGGAAAUGGAGUCACCAGAAUGUAUGAAAAGAAUUAAAGUUCAGGAGGUGAUUCUGAGUCGAUGGGUUUCUUCACGAGAGAGGAGUGACCAAGACGAUCUUUAACAGUUCAACCUCAAAUUUCUAAUUACAUCAACAACUAUUUAUUGAGGGCUAGGUAAAAAGUUCUUUUUGUUGUAAUCAUCCAUUAAUUUAUAAGUUUUAAAGGACAUGGUGCUCCCAGCAUCAGAAAACUAUCAGUGUUUUUAAAGAUAAAUUACACAGGGAAGGAGAAAGAUCCCUGUGCUAGGACUGCAGGUUCUGUCCUUGCGUUGGCCUCUAACUCUCCGAUCCCGAGCCUCGUGCCUCUGGCCUCAGUCUGAGCCCUCAUCCAGUCACUGCGGAGGUUGGACUAGAUGAGUCCUGAGAGGACACUUCCAACAACAGAGACAUUUAUUCUCUGAUUUUACCUGAAAAUGGUAGUAGUUUACAUUUAUACAGUACAGUUUAUGAAGCACUUUCAUACACAGGCAUCUCUUGUUACCUACAUCUAAGCUGUUCCCAAAAGAGUGUUACAGAACACAACAAUAUUGUACAAUAUUAGAUAAGCAUAUCUUCACUGAACUUGUUGUAAGAAUGAGUGGUGAAAUAAUGUUUGGAGACAUAAUGAAAGCAAUUAACAUUUAGCAAAAUAUAAUAAAGCCUUUUUGUAAUUGGUAAGAAAGUCA